AUGAAGACAUCACAAGCAAUACAAUUGUUUGUGAUUUGUGUUUGUACUGUCACUUCAAUACAACUAAUURUGGCAACAAAUGAGUUGACAAAUACAUUGCAAACAUUCAUCCCUUCAAACACCAGUUCAUUAACCAUUUCAUCAAACUCUACGGUUUUCAACAGUUCAUUAACCACUGCGUCCGGUGUUAGCCUUGCCAUCAACUCAUCAGCCGUACUGACCCAUUCAGUGACCAGUGAUACCAGUGUUAAUGUGACCAAUACUUUGACAAACAGUAGUCAAACAAAUAAGAUUAUAUCUAAAAACUGUUUUAAUAAUGAAUGCAAUGAAAGCGCACCAAAAGUAUUAGUGACACACAGGAGUCGGACAUCAAUUAGUAUAGCUUUUGAUGAUUUUAAAUUACCUAAUUAUCAAUCGGGUUAUGUCGUGCAAUACACUAAUCAAACAAUUACAUUCAAUUUCAAUGAUUCAACUAUUAAUUGGAUUCAAAUUCAGGCAAAUAAUACACCGUUUGUCACAAUCAAACAUUUGCUGCCAAACACCUCAUAUCAAAUACAAGUACUCGUUUGGGAAGACUAUGAUCUGAAACGAUUAGGUUUAGGCUCAGAGAUCAUUAGCGCCUCAACUGAAGACGGAUGUAUCGUCAACGGCACCUCUUAUGCUGUCGGGGAUCAGUUGUUUCAUGGAUGUCAUCUAAAAUGCAUUUGUAGGCCUAAUGCUCAGCAGGACUGCACUCCAAGAUGUGUACCACCGUUGGUUACAACAGGUUCUUUCAAAUCUGAUGUCAAUUGUAAGGAAACUAUAUCUCCGAUUGACAACUGCUGUGCUUCGGUUUUGUGCGUCAAUGAGCCCUCUGAGGGCCGAUCCAGUGAUACGACCCCCGCUUUCACUGGUAAACCAGGUUAUUGUCCCAUUCAUGUCAAUGAUGGCAGUGAUAAUAAUUGUAAAGAUGAGUGCUCUCAUGAUUAUCAUUGUACUGGACUCAAAAAAUGCUGUAAAUCUUCAUGUGAUGGAAAAGUAUGUCUAAAUCCAGUAGCAAAGCUGGUCACCUGUGAUAACAUAACCUGCGGACUGAACGCAGUUUGCCAAAUACAAGACAACAACACAACGUGUCGUUGUCAACAGGGAUACUCUGGUGAUCCCUAUAACAGGGGGACGGGUCGUGUUCAAUGUAUGCCGCGUUGUGCACCUGAUCUGGGAUACGAUGAAAAUUUUUGUAGAUUAGUUACAGAUCCGGAUGAUCCCAAUUGUUGUAAAAUAUCAGUUUGCGAUAAAAGGGAUUCAAUUAAUGACAAACCGGAGAUCAUUAUAGAUUCAGCCGAAGCUUUUAACUCGACAUCAGUUAAGCUACGAGUUAUGAUACCGACACUAAAAAAUGGUAUACUCGGGUCAACUUUGAAUCUAUUAUAUAGUAUGGUAUCGACUAAUGAAACGGAAUCUGAGAAAGAGUUAGAAACUCGUAAUUGGAAAUCAAUGCAUAUCGACGAAGAAGCCAUAAAAGUGAUCGCAACUGAUAUUUAUGAAGUAGACAUCGGAGGACUCGUUUCACAAACCGAUUAUUUAAUGAAAGUUGAUUUCAAUCAAACGUCAAGUAAUACUAUUUUUGUCAGAACAUAUCCUCCCGGUAUAGAUAUCACAUUUAAUGGGUGUUUUCACGGUAACCAAACCAUAGAAGUGGGACAAGUGUUUUAUGAGGGCGACUGUGAAUAUAAAUGUGUUUGUCGUGAGGGCGGACUUCGGGAAUGUGAGGAAAGGUGUCCCGUUUAUAUUGAUGCGGUCGGCUAUGAAAAAUGUGAUUGGGGUCCGGCACCGGAUGACCCGUGUUGUACUGUUCCUAUAUGUGACAAAUCCAAUAAAAACAAUACAUCAGAAGAUCCUGACUCCGAACCAUUUUGUUUGAGUGAAGGCGGAAAAGUUUAUAAAAUUGGACAGUCAUGGGAUACCGGAACCAACUGUCUUAAGAAGUCAUGUCAAUGCACUUUAUUGCCAAACGGCACAACAAUAGCACAAUGUAAAGGUGGUUGUGCUGUGUUGCCCGCCUCUGCCAGACUGCCCACCGAGCAAUGUCCGAGUCCUCAAAUUGUACAGCCGGACGACCCGUGCAUAUGUCCGUAUGUGGUCUGUCAUAACAAUAUGAAUCCACUCGAUUUACCAGAGAAGCCGUCGUCUCCGAGAAAUAAACAAUUUUGUGAAUUUAAGGGCAAAAAGAUUGCGAUCGGAGAAGAGAUUUAUGACAAUUGUCGGGCUGUAUGUCAUUGUGGAGAAGACGCCCGACUUAAUUGUCAGGCUAUAGAGUGUCCGCAUAAUUUUGCACCACAUGUUUCCGAUUGUCUUGAAUGGGAUAUUGAUCCACAUUUUAUACCUUCACCUCCUAAUUGUUGUCCGCAACCAAAAUGCAAAAAUGACGGAUCCUGUUCAUUUGCUGGCAUCAGAUUUCCUAAUCUUAAGCACAUUCCUCAAGAACUGCUGCCGUGUGGCACACGAUGUGUGUGUCAUAACGGCAAAGUUGAUUGUGAUAAUCGUUGUCCACCCGUACCAGAUAUUCCACCCCCACAUAUGCCAUGUCCAGCAACUCAUGCAUAUCGCGGACAUUUGCCUGGUGAUAAUUGYUGUCUUCAUUGGUUAUGUCGAGAUCAGGAGAAAACAAGCCGAGAUUUAGAACACGUAAAUAUAAUGGCCAUAAACUCGACGGCCGCCAGAAUCCGAUUUACUUUACCUUCCCUUUUGGUGGGACUUAUAGGUCACGCAGAACUUCAUUACACAACAGAUAUGAAUAUUCCUCGGUCUCAAUGGAAUAUCCAGAAGUUUGCCCGACCCAAGAGGCUCUUYGAUACGCCUAAUAUUGAAUAUCAUUUGGGAAAUCUCAGUCCUGACACCACAUAUUUCUUUCAAAUUCAAAUCAUUAUCGAAGCCCUACAAUCGGGUCCUGAAAGUGAGGUUUACAAACUAUAUCUUCCGCCGACACCAUCAACUGUUAGCACUACUACAACAACUACAACAGUUCCUCCAAUGAUUAUGUUAGAUGUAGGUCUUAAUGCUGUCUCUAAUGAUUAUAAGACAUUGAAGAUCUCUUGGAGAGUAUUUAGUCCUCAAGAGAAGAAAUUUAUUGAUGGCAUUCAAAUUCGCUAUAAAAACGCAGAUAAAGAUACAAAUGAUUGGAAAACCACUUCAAUACUUCAUAGAGAUAUUAARUCCUAUGUAUUAAGAGAUCUCGAACCGGGAGCUUCUUAUGCCGUCGAUUUAAUUUUUACACCCAAUCCAGACAUUGCAACUCAUAUUAUAUCAACAAAACCUAUUGUAAUUGAUAUGCCAUUAGCUCCAAGAGAUAUGUUUGAUAUAAGCAYAUCCAUACAUCCUAAUGAUGUUAUUGUCGAUACAAUGCACACAACUAUCAAAAUAAAUGGACUUCCAGUGCCCAUCAAUAAGUACAUAAAUGUGGUUAAAAUUUCAUACAGAAGUGAAGAUAGUAUGGAAUUAUUGCAUACUUUUAAAGACCCGGACGGAGAAGGAAAAGUAGUUUUAGAUGGACUUAAACCUAAAAGAAGAUAUAAAGCAUGGAUUGAUCUUUAUUUGACAAAUGGUAAAACUGUUUCUUCAAAUGCCAUUGAAUUUACCACAAAAGAAAAGUUAUUAAUUACAAGAAUUGAUAAAAUGGAUACUUCAGGUCAGUUAGCAGCCAAUGAAGCGGAAGCCCUGCGUGAAGGGGAUAUAAUGGAAAACAAAUAUCUAUAUUGUUUGGUCAUUAUCUCGAUGUUUGCCGGCAUCACUACCAUUGCUUUUGUUGUAGUUUUAUAUUUAUUGCUUAGAAGACAGUCAUCAGCGAAGGCACCCAUAACUAGAGCGCCUUCAGAGGCUGCUUAUGAUAAUCCCACUUAUAAGACUUAUGAAAUCGGUGAAAGACCUAUAGAGGAGAAUGGUAUCAAAAAUGGUAUCACUAUUCAGGCCUAA